CCAAGCCCAAGAUAAGAAUUUCCCUAAAAAAAAAAAAAGCCAUGUUCUCGCUACUCAGCCGUGCGCUCUGCGCCGCCUCCUCCUCGCCGGCGGCGCCGCGGGGGAGAUCUCUUCUCGCCGCGCUGCUCUCCCCGUCGGCUAGCCCUCUCGACCCAUGCCGGGGCCCUGCUGCGCCGGAGCCACCGAGGCGGCGGGCGUUCCAUGGCUCGCCGAGCCCCCUGGGGUUCAGGUCCACACCGGCGUCGUGGUCCAGCCCGGAGGCGGGGGCGGCCGUCGGUGGGGACGACGGGCUGGAGGUCGCGAGGCUGGGGAUCUCGCCGUGGAUCGUGGAGAGGCUCGCCGCACGGGGCAUCACCAGGCUCUUCCCCAUCCAGAGGGCUGUCCUUGAUCCAGCAAUGCAAGGCAAAGAUAUGAUUGGACGUGCAAGAACUGGAACUGGGAAAACGUUGGCUUUUGGUAUUCCUAUCAUGGACAGGAUUCUUCGUCACAAUGAGAAGAAUGGGAGUGGUAGAAAUCCUUUAGCCAUAAUUCUCGCACCUACUAGAGAACUUGCUAGACAAGUUGAGAAGGAAUUUAAGGAAUCUGCUCCUUUGGACUCUCUUUGUGUCUAUGGAGGUGUUCCCAUCAGUCAUCAAAUGAGAGCUCUUAAUUAUGGUGUUGAUGUUGUGGUUGGAACACCAGGUCGAAUUAUUGAUCUUUUAAGAAGAGGUGUUUUAAACCUUUCUGAGAUCCAAUUCGUGGUUCUGGAUGAAGCUGACCAGAUGUUGGCUGUGGGUUUUGAUGAAGAUGUUGAGGUGAUCAUGGAGAAUUUGCCACAGAACCGUCAAAGUAUGUUGUUCUCUGCAACAAUGCCCAGUUGGAUUAGAAAAAUCACAAGCAAGUACUUGAAAGAUCCAAUCAUUAUUGACCUAGUUGGUGAUGAGGACCAGAAAUUACCUGAAGGAAUCUCUCUUUAUUCAAUUGCCUCUGAGCACUAUGGGAAGCCAUCAAUUCUUGGUCCAUUGAUCAAAGAGCAUGCUAAUGGUGGAAAAUGUAUUGUGUUUACUCAAACUAAACGAGAGGCAGAUAGAUUAGCAUAUGCUAUGGGCAGGAGCUAUGCAUGUCAGGCGCUUCAUGGGGAUAUUUCACAGAAUCAGAGAGAAAGGACACUAUCAGGAUUUCGAGAUGGCCGCUUUAAUAUCCUAGUAGCAACCGAUGUUGCUGCUCGUGGAUUAGACAUACCCAAUGUUGAUCUUGUUAUACAUUACGAACUCCCAAACACCUCGGAGUUAUUUGUUCACAGAUCUGGACGAACUGCACGAGCAGGGAAGAAAGGAAGUGCAAUUUUAAUAUACACAAAUGAUCAAGCUAGAGCUGUAAGGAUCAUUGAGCAAGAUAUAGGAUGCAAAUUCACAGAGCUUCCAAAGAUUGAAGUUGCAGAUGAGGCCUCAGACAUGUUUAAUGUUGUGAGAGACAAUCGCUCUAGAUUAGCUGGAAGCCCAAGAACCGGUGGCUCCUCUUUCGGACGAGGAGGCUAUGGUGGUUUUGGAGAAGGCCGUUCCCGGGGCUUUGGUGAUUUUGAUGGCUUUGGCAGUUCCCCUAAUCGUGGUGGGAGAUCACGCGAUGCUGGUUCAAGAUAUGGCAGUGGGUUUGGAGAUUUUAGACGACCCUCCAAUGCCUUUGGCAGGUCUAGUUCCAAGCAGCCUGAUGGAUUCGGAUUUGGUGACUUUGGAGAAGGCAAUUUCAGUAGAAAUGGCAACAGACGCUCUAGGAGUUUUGAUGAUUCAGGUUCGACACGGUACAGCAGACGCCCUAAUGGUUUUGGAACAUCAGAUUUCGGCAGAUCAGGCGGGUUCGAUGAUUCCAACUGAUCACAGGACUCCGGUUUGUAUAGUUUUGUGGUUUUUGACCUUCAAUCUUCUUUUCUAUGUCAUGAAUGAGAUCACCAAUCGCUUUUUCUGGCGCUUGGCCUAAGUAGUCUGUUGUUGUAGCCAAAUAAGUAGCCUUGCUUGUGUAUUAGGUUUGUUCCAAAACAUGUAAUGUAUAUACUCUAGCCUGUACCUUUUGGUUAUGCACUCUCUCAACAAAGUGUAAGAAAAUUCUGAAAAUGAGGAACCUUUCAUUAUUUAUGUCCAUGUACUCCCUGUUGAAUUG